UUGUGUAAGAUGGUGGUGGCUGCUACGUUCUAAGUGGAAUGCGUGGCAGGCAGACACGUACUUGUCUCCUCGCCGCCUCUGUGUUGUGGUUUUAGCCGCGGGUAGGGGCUGUGAAGCAAUAGUGAGAGGGAAAUCCAGGCUUGCGUGCCUCGGUGCCGGCCGGUUGCUGGUGGUACUACUCAAGAAGAGCUAGCUGCUCCCGUCCCUUCAGCAGGAGGAAGCUGAGGCUGCUGUGGGUGGGGACCGCUUGGUUCUUCCCUGUUCGGCUAUGUCGGACAAUCAGAGUUGGAAUUCCUCUGGUUCCGAAGACGACCCCGAGACAGAGCUCGGGCUGCCCGUUGAGCUCUGUGGGGUACUCAGCAAGUGGACCAAUUACAUUCAUGGGUGGCAGGAUCGAUGGGUAGUUCUGAAAAGCAACACACUCAGUUACUACAAGUCUGAAGAUGAAACGGAGUAUGGCUGUAGAGGUUCUAUCUGUUUGAGCAAGGCUGUGAUUACACCUCAUGACUUUGAUGAAUGCAGGUUCGAUAUUAGUGUAAACGACAGUGUUUGGUACCUCCGAGCUCAGGACCCAGACCACAGACAACAGUGGGUAGAUGCAAUAGAACAACACAAGACUGAAUCUGGCUAUGCAUCAGAGUCAAGUUUACGACGCCAUGGCUCCAUGGUGUCUCUUGUUUCUGGAGCGAGUGGGUACUCUGCAACAUCCACCUCUUCAUUCAAGAAGGGCCAUAGCUUACGUGAGAAGCUUGCAGAAAUGGAAACCUUUAGAGACAUCUUGUGUAGACAAGUUGAUACUUUACAGAAAUACUUUGAUGCCUGUGCAGAUGCAGUUUCCAAAGAUGAACUCCAGAGGGAUAAAGUGGUAGAAGAUGAUGAAGAUGAUUUCCCUGCGAUGCGUUCCGAUGGGGAUUUUUUACAUAACAGUAACAGCAGUAAGGAAAAAUUGUUUCCAUAUGUGACACCCAAAGGAAUUAAUGGCAUAGACUUUAAGGGAGAAGCUAUAACUUUCAAGGCAACUACCGCUGGAAUCCUUGCUACACUCUCUCAUUGUAUUGAACUCAUGGUAAAACAUGAAGAAAGCUGGCAAAAAAGACUAGAUAAGGAAAUAGAGAAAAAGAGAAGAAUUGAAGAAGCAUACAAAAAUGCUGUGACAGAGCUGAAGAAAAAGUCCCACUUCGGAGGGCCAGACUAUGAGGAGGGUCCUAAUAGUCUGAUUAAUGAAGAAGAAUUCUUUGAUGCUGUUGAAGCUGCUCUUGAUAGACAGGAUAAAAUGGAAGAACAGUCCCAAAGUGAAAAGGUCAGAUUAUACUGGCCAAUAUCCUUACCUCCCGGAGAUGCAUAUUCUGCUGUGGGGACUCAUAGAUUUGUCCAAAAGCUCUAUAGUCGCUCUUCCUCCAUGUCUUCCAUUGAUCUAGUCAGUGCCUUUGAUGUUCACAGAUUCAGCACCCAGGUGGAAGAGAUGGUACAAAACCAUAUGACAUAUUCCUUGCAAGAUGUAGGAGGAGAUGCCAAUUGGCAGCUAGUGGUAGAAGAAGGAGAAAUGAAGGUGUACAGAAGAGAGGUGGAAGAGAAUGGAAUAGUGUUAGAUCCUUUGAAAGCAACACAUGCUGUUAAAGGGGUAACAGGGCAUGAAGUUUGCCACUACUUCUGGAAUGUUGAUGUUCGUAAUGACUGGGAAACAACAAUUGAACAUUUCCAUGUUGUGGAAAAUCUAGCUGAUAAUGCCAUCAUCAUUUAUCAGAUGCAUAAGAGAGUGUGGCCGGCUGCUCAAAGGGAUGUGCUGUAUUUGUCUGCCAUCAGAAAAAUACCAGCAUUCAGUGAAAAUGAUCCUGAAACAUGGAUUGUUUGCAAUUUCUCUGUGGAACAUGACAGUGCUCCUAUGAACAAUCGUUGUGUCCGUGCCAAAAUAAAUAUUGCUAUGAUUUGUCAGACUUUAGUAAGCCCGCCAGAGGGGAACAAGGAAAUAAGCAGGGACAAUAUCCUAUGCAAGAUUACAUAUGUAGCUAAUGUGAACCCAGGAGGAUGGGCACCAGCAUCCGUGUUACGGGCAGUGGCAAAAAGAGAAUAUCCAAAAUUCUUAAAGCGUUUCACAUCAUAUGUGCAAGAGAAAACAGCAGGAAACCCUAUUUUAUUCUAGCAUUAGCAGUGAUCAGAACAAGACUGGGUGAGCAUUCCACCUUGAAGUGACCGAUAAGUGCAUAGAGCACUCAGUGUUGGAACAAAGGAUCUAUAGUCUUUUUAUCAUUUCUAGGGUUUGUAUACUGAAGUAAAGAAGCACUGCAUUACCAUGAGGCUGAAUAUUUAAUACUAACUGUCCUCUAAAUGUUUUGAUGAGUCAGUGUGUAAUGAUCAAUAGAUGUUUUGAUAACAUGCAUAUGGCUAUUUUGAUUGCUUUAGAAGAGGAAGAAUGUGUACAGCUUUGAAUCACCAACAGGGGUUACUGCUUUAAUUUUGAACAACUUGCAGAAUUUCACUGUCAACAUUCCGAAGAUACUAGUGCAGUUUUUGUGCAUGUCUAAAAAGCACAAAAGACAAAUGCACGUAUAGCAUACUCUAUGUGCUUUAUGUGCACAAAAAUCUGUAGUAUUUUGGUGGGGAGGGAGUUCAGUAAAGCCUAAGUGACUUAUUAACAGGUUUUGUUUUGUUAUAAUCAUAGUUCAUUGCCAUUUGUUUCUAUAAUGAAUCAUCUUGUUACAUAAAAUGUCAGGUAAUAAUUGAGGUCUGUCAAUAUCCUUAUGACUUUGCCUUUUCUAUUGUCUUACUCUUAUGAAGAUCUUUAGCUCGGAAGGAAUAAGAGUGUGAAAAGCUUUAUUUUUUCCCAGGUAUGUUUCUAUUGGAUUUUUUAAUUAUGCAAUAUGUGCUAAAGAAAUGUUGCUAUUAACAUGAUCCAGAAAUUUCUAGGACAAUUUUGUAUGAGAGGGAAUGACAGUGCCUGAAAGCCUAAAGUCAUCUGAUCAUUAUAAAUGUGGACUGCUUUCUUGCAUAUCUGGGGCUUUCCCAAAGCUGUGAGAAGGUACACUAUAAUAUUUACUGAAGUAAUUUGGACUACAUAAGACACCAUUCCCAACCUAGAAUGAGUACAUUAUUUUCAGAUCCUGCAUGUGUUUUUCUCAUCUUGAUAAAGCCAUGGUAUGAGAUUAUUAUAGAAAAUAAGUUGCACUGAUACUUGCCUCAGUCAAAAACUCAUCAGUUAUUAGGAUGUAGAGUUCAUAUUGGAAAGUUCUGUCUAUUUGCUAUGAUAAUUUGUCAGAUAUUUGCCUGCCUAUGAUUCUGGAUAUUCUCAUUAAGAGAAGUGUCUGGCAGACUAGUACUGAUUUUGAGGUCUUUUAUCCAUGUCAUGUAGCUGGAAACUCUUCAGAGACUGCUGGAUGUUUCACUGACCUGUGUAUUUCAAGAAAAAAAGUUUCAGAUUUAUUUUUUUCUCUCAAAAGAAAACUGAAAGUCUUGUUUGCUAUAGUAUGGUAGGUAACUGAAAAUAAAUAAAAAUAGCAAUUUAAUAAAGAU